AUGGGUGACAAACCUGACAAACCACCGGCUCGCAAGGUUGUGGAUGGAAAAGUUGGUGAUCUCUACUAUAUGCCAGAAGGUUAUGAGGGCAAACAUAAAAACGCCAUCGGAGUUCCCGUGGAUCCGCCGCGUGAUAAACCGCCACCUGGUAAACCUAUGCCCGUUCCAGCUGGUGAUGGUGGGCCCGAUCCUUCUAGCAUUAUCAUUUAUAAACGUCCAGAUUUCCGCAAAGUAAAGAAAAAUUCACCUGCUCUGCCGCCGAAGGAGUAA